GUGAUGAAAGAACAACAUUUUCAAAAUGUAUGUCCCUUCCCUUACAAAUAGGACUGGGUUUCCUAUUAAGGCAGAAACUUGGAAAUCAAUGUUCGAUUUCUGUUUAAAACAAAACAGCGACUGUAAAAAGCAGAUCAUCGAUCUAUAUGAAUCUUUUCAAGAUCACGUUAUAUCCAAAAUGCCUGUAAAUUAUUCAUAUCUUCAUAAUGUUUACGAAGCUUCCUGGAUUCAGGAUUGAUAAAAUUGAAACAGCCGAAACGUUUUUAAGUAAAGUACAAAAUUACCUAAACAGUCUUGAAUACAAUUAUACUGGAAUGCAGUUCUUCCAAAUAAAUCGAGGUGCAUCUAUCGUUAGACUUGAGGAAGUUGUAAAAAUGAUAAUGCUGGCUUCACUCCCUAUAAAAUGUCUAGAGGCAACCAUAUUAGCCAUUUUUCUCACACAAGGUCAAGAAUACCUAAAACGUUUUACAAUAUCCUUCGUUUCUGAAUUCAAUGGUAAAAUAUUUAGACACGUCGUGCUUGGAAUAUACUCCAGUGGUUUAUUUGGUGCAUUGGGGUUGAGUCGACGAGAAGAUCUGAUGUAUAAACCGCUUAACUUCCCAAGUUUAUCUUUACUAAUAAAUAAUUACACUGAAGCAUAUCAUGGUCAUCAUCAUAAAUUAUUAAGAGUGAAAAUUGGUCUACCUAUCUCACAUCGACCGUAUAUGCUGGAGAAAAUCCAAUGGAAGGGUAUCCUUAUCCCAUUUAACAAAGGGCAUACUAAAAAAGAUAUAAACAACAUUUUGGAUCACUAUUCACGAUUUUUACGGGGUUCAACUAAUGUGAUUAUUAAAAAGAGUCUACCAAAUAUAUCUUCAGAUUCAUUCAAAACAGCAAAAAAACAACAGAAUCCUUCCUAUAGAAAAGUAAUACGUUUAGGUAUGGCUCGAAAUAAAUCGGACAAUAAGGUCUCAUCAUUGUUAUCAACUUCAAGUACCUGGAGAAGUGUUACAAAUUUACCAAUUAUUAAUUCAAAAAUUGCAAGUCAAAAGAUAGUAGAGGCAGAAUGAUAUGAAUUCACUAUUUCAUAGCUUCUCAUCAGCCGCUUUCAACCAUAUAUGUAUUAAAAUGAAUCACUGAGGUAUGAUAUAAUGUGAAAUUGAAAUUGAUAACGGAAAGAAUCAGAAUUACAAGCAUUAAUAAUAAUAAUUAUUUAUAGAUUUAUAUGUGUACGAACAGGUGUGAGGUCAUUUGGGAAUAGAGUUCAAAAACAUAGGGAAAGGUGGGUGAGGUAGUAAUUAAGGGAAGUCUGAAAACAGCCAAUAUACAAUGUGUGAUAAUUAUACAGGUUGUGAAGAGUUUACAAUAACUUGAAAAUAGGAAUAAAAGGCAUUUAGAAACUAUGAUUCUCUUAAGGUUCGUUGUGAGCCUUUUGUGGGUUACGGUUGUUUGGCGACUGCCUCCUCGUGGUUUCUGCCAGCAAUGUUGGGCUGCGGUUAAGUUUCGACGGAGUGCUAUGUAUUGCUGGUGUAAGUCUCCAGUAGCGCAGAUGAUGGUGCACGUCAGGGUUCCGCCAUCGGCUGGAAUGAGUGAGUGAUAUUAUCUUUUCUUGUUCUGUUUAUAUGCGAUUAGCUCUGGCCGUCUUUCAAAGGGGGGCUCAGUGUGCCCAGUCCCCUUGCUGUAGUCGUCCGGAACCUCCUUGUUCAUGAGGACUGGUUAAGUAUAGUCUUACAGGUAGAGGCAUACCUACCCGUGACGGAUUUCUUGCACCGUCCAGGGCUUAUUUGGUUAAUCGAAGGGUGAAGUUGGAGAACAACUUUAUUGGGAAAGGUUAGUGAUUAUCUAUGAAAUACGG